UUGGGUGGUUUUCAGAGGGUUUUGGCGAUCAGAAAGAGAGAGAGAAGGAAAAAAAAAAUUUAGAAAGAGAAAAUUAAGGGUAGCGUCUGAAACUAAGUUUUCUCAGAAAUCAUGGGAUAGAGAGAAGUUGGAGAAAGGAAAUUCUCAUUUCCUGAGAUUUGUUGUUGGAUUUCUCUAUCCAUUUCCCGAUCUUACAUUCGCCUGCAAAUUCCACUGCAAUUCGCUGGAAUUUCGCUUUGUCGGGGAAAAUUUUUAAACUCUGGAGAAUUUCCUGGAAAAUCCGACGUCAAAAUCGUUCCUAUGAGGGUCUCAUUUGAGUGAAAUCACUUAUGUGGUGUUCUUUUAGACUGUAAAAUGGAUAUGGGGUUUCUCAUUUUCUGUGUUUGGUGAGCUCUUAUUGGUAUGCUUUAUGAGAUAUGGUGUUGCAGAAAAGGCUAGACUAUGGAUUUAAUGGCUAUCAGGUGCCCACUAUGCCCCGAGCUACCAGAUCAGCUAGGAAGAGGGGUUCAUUUUGGAAGAAAGUUCAAGAUAAUCAGCCUUGUGCAUUUGAUUUAUUGGCAACCGUAGCUGGCAAGUUAUUGCUGGAGGGAGAGAGUUUUUCUCCGGCUGCCAACACACCAGCUGGAAAAGAUCAGUCUGAGAUCUUUAAAGAUGCUGUCAAAAAAGAACAAAGGGAUGAAGAGAGUCCAUUGAAAGUAGAGUCUUUUGAUCAAGGGAACUGUGAUAAAGGUUUCUUUUUUCCUGAGCUUGGGUCACAAGUUCACAACCCAAGCAAUACUUUGAAGGAAUUUACAUAUGUCCGCAAUGAUGCAUUUUCAGGAGUUGCUUCAGCAAUUACGACUUGUGAUUGCCCACAGAGGGUUGGUUCUGCAGAGAAGUUGGUACUCGGCAAAAGCAAGAGUGAUAUUGGAAAUUUUGCUAGGAAAGUUGGGGUAGGAUUGUCUAGGGAUGGCGAGUCUAGCCAUCAUAAUUUAGAGAAUGAACAACCUAACAGAGAUAUUAAAGCUGAACCGCUCAAGACUGCAAAGGUUAAAGUUGGUUCUGAAACUGGCCAGUGUGCUGCAGAGGACCCUGUGGUUUGCAAUGGGAAACCCUCUGUAUUGGUCAGUUCAGACUGUAGUGCCAAGGCGCCACUGUGCAGGGACCGCAUUCCUUGUGGUUCUUUUUCCCCAUGUCGGGAAGAUGUAAAGUUAGUUAGUAGAGAUGAUGAUGAAAACUCUUCUGGGUGCACUCAACCUAGCACCACAACAAAGACCUUUAGGCCACCAUCGCGUAUUGGCGACCGAAGAAUAAGGAAGCUGUUGGCUUCGAAAUAUUGGAGAGUAUCUCCGAAGAAUGAGGAGCUUUCUAAUAUUGACGGGGAAUUGAAGCCCAUCUACCGUAAUAGGAAAACCUGUAACAAACGCCCAAGGUCUCAGAGGAAUUAUCCUUUCAAAAAAAGAAAGCUAUUUGAUUGUAGCUCAGCAUCGAAUUCUGAUGGAGGAAUUAGUAGUGACAGCAUUCCUAAUUUGCUUGAUAAGGGCAUUAAUGGGGAUGCUUCUGGUUCUUGUGCGGACAAACAUGGAGCCACUGGAAAAUCUUCUUCAGUAGCAGGUCAACGUGCUUCCGGCCAAUCCAGGGAUUCCCAAGUGAAACUUAGGAUCAAGUCCUUCAGAGUGCCUGAGCUCUUUAUUGAUAUUCCAGAAACAGCAACUGUUGGUUCCUUGAAGCGAGCUGUUAUGGAGGCAGUGGCUGCUAUACUCGGAGGUGGAUUAUGUGUCGGUGUUCAUAUUCAGGGGAAGAAGGUUAGAGAUGACAACAAAACUCUUCUUCAGGCUGGAAUUUCUCAUGAUAAAAAAUUAGAUGCUCUGGGCUUUACCUUGGAGCCUAAUCCUUCACAAGCUUCCACGUCACUGUGUCAAGAAGCUCAUCCCUUUCUCAUCCCUUGCGAUGCACCUCAGCCUUUAACAAGGUAUCCACCCACUUCAACUCAAGGGGCUUCUGAUGUGUCACCAGAUCCUCCUGUGACCAAUUUAGGAAAUUGCAUUGAAAGCGAUCAUGAUUCAGCACCCUCUCCUACUGACAUGUCGAUGGAAAAAAGUGCAGCAGAUUCGCGGGCAUUGAUUGCUGUUCCUGCGGUGAGCAUGGAGGCACUGACUGUUGUCCCAGCACACCGGAAAUCCAAGAGAUCUGAGGUUGCACAGCGUCGAAUCCGUCGACCAUUUUCUGUCUCUGAAGUCGAAGCGCUGGUUCAAGCAGUUGAGAAACUUGGAACUGGAAGGUGGCGUGAUGUCAAACUUCGAGCCUUUGAUAAUGCAAAGCAUCGAACUUAUGUUGAUUUGAAGGAUAAGUGGAAAACACUGGUGCACACGGCAAGAAUAUCCCCUCAGCAAAGGAGGGGAGAGCCCGUACCCCAGGAACUGCUGGACAGAGUCCUCACAGCCCAUGCCUACUGGUCCCAGCAGCAGUCCAAGCAACAGCUCAAACAGCCCCCUCCAGAGACUUGCCUUCUCCUCUGAGAGCAGCUCUCUUUUUCCUCUUAAUGAAGAUAAAGAGUGCACAAGCACAUGCAUGCAGGUGAUGGCUUUAGAGAAGAUUUAUUCUGUUAAAUAUCACAACUCUGUAAAAAAAGAAAAAAAGAAAAAAAAAAAAACACAUGACCACCAGUAUGAAGAAGAAAUUCUUGUAAAUUAUCUAUGCUCUUGACGCGGUUCGAUUCUUUUCCUGCACGGGGUGAGGGAGAGAUUGGCGCGUGUAAAUGGUUGACAGAAUAAGAGCCUGCUAACUGAAUUCGUUGGAGCGCCCCGUCGUCUUGUUGGCGUUUUCUAUUAGCUUUCCUAAUCUGGGAAUUUUAUUUUAUUUUUUUCCAGUGGAAAAGGGGAUCCCCAAAAAAAAAAAUGGAAGAAAUAGGAAACCAAGUUGUUUGUUGUAGUUUCUGUAGUGAUUUGUAAUCUUUACCAUAUUGCUUUUUCGGGUUGAUCAUCAAUGGCAGUGGUAUGAAUAACUCUGUAGUCUGUAAUGCUUCACUUCCCCAAUUGUAAGGAAUUCUUUGGAUUGAUAAUCUGUUUGGCAUUUGGGCAUAGCCUCAGGAAA